UCUGACCUCUUGCAACCUCCCCCGCUUGUAUCAUAGACUGUUCUUUUGUCGCGUUUGAUACGGCGUCCUAGCAUUACACCGUACAUUUGGCGCAACUUCUGUUUCCACCAUGUCCUUCCUCGGCGGCGCAGAGUGCUCGACGGGCGCCAACCCCCUCAGCCAGUUCACGAAACACGUCCAGGAUGACAAGUCCCUGCAGAGAGACCGCCUGGUCGGGCGCGGGCCUGGCGGCAUGCAAGAGGGCAUGCGCAGCCAGCAGAUGGGCCCUCAGGAUGGCAUGAUGAACGAGUUCAUGCAGCAGAAUGCACAGCUUCCUCAAGGACCCGGCCCCGCGUCACCGUUUGCAAUGGAGCAGAUGCGGAGAGAGCUGGAGCGCGCACAACACAGCGGAUCGCCAGCAUGGGCUGCAGAGUUCGACCCAGGCAUGCAGGCGCCACAGAUGGGGCCCUCGAUGCAGGAGCAGCGACCAGCAGGCUUCAAUCCCGCCGAAUUCGCAAAGUUCCAGCAGAUGAACCCGACCGAGCGCACAGCGAGCCCUGCGACCUCUGCCCAGAUGGGAUAUCAGCGGCCAAUGCAGAACUAUGGUAUGGGCAUGGGCAUGGGCAUGGGCAUGGGCGGAAUGGGCAUGAUGCCAUCGUACGCACCGCAGAACUUCCAGCAGCCAAUGCAAACCUCAGCCAAAGGCAAGGAGCGCAUGGUGGAGCUCGACGACCAGGGCUGGGAAGCACAGUUCGCACAGCUGGAACAGACAGACCAGCAGGACCUCGACGCGCUGGACGCAGAGGCGAACAAGAACAUAGAAGCGGAGCUGAACGAAAUGGACAGACAUCUCGCCGAUGAAGCCACCUUCAGCGACGGCAUGCACAUGGGCGAUCUAGACCAGUGGGAGGGUUUCGACGGGCUUAACACGCACUCGGUCCGCGAUCCAGCAAUGGGCGACUAUCUCUUCGAGCAAGAGAACCUCUUCAAGAGCGUCAGCAACCCCUUCGAAGAGGGCGUCAAGAUCAUGGAAGAAGGCGGCAACCUCUCCCUCGCGGCCCUCGCCUUCGAAGCCGCCGUCCAAAAAGAGCCAAACCACAUCGCCGCCUGGGUCAAACUGGGCGAAUCGCAAGCCCAAAACGAAAAAGAAACACCCGCCAUCCGCGCGCUCGAACACGCCCUCAAGCAAGAUCCCAACAACCUCGAAGCCCUCAUGGGGUUGGCUGUAUCCUAUACAAACGAGGGUUACGAGAGCACCGCAUACCGCACCCUCGAGCGCUGGCUCGCCACAAAAUACCCCAGCUUGAUCAAAGAACCGCUCUCCUCGGAUGCAGAAAUGGGCUUCACAGACCGGCACCUCCUCCACGAAAAAGUCACAAACCUGUACAUUCAAGCCGCCCAACUCAGUCCUUCUGGAGAGCAAAUGGAUCCCGACGUGCAAGUCGGGCUGGGCGUGCUAUUCUACGGCGUGGAAGAGUACGACAAAGCCGUCGACUGUUUCGGCGCCGCGCUCGCAUCCACCGAAUCUGGCGUCUCCAACUCCUCAUCGCAGGUGCAUCUGCUAUGGAACAGACUCGGCGCUACGCUCGCCAACUCCGGGCGCAGCGAGGAGGCCAUCGACGCGUACAGUCGCGCACUCGCCCUGCGCCCGAAUUUCGUCCGCGCGCGCUACAACCUCGGCGUCAGCUGUAUCAACAUCGGGUGCUUCACGGAAG